UCACCCAAUUCUAGAGUACAUCAGCGCUCCCAUUCAGGGGGGAGACCAUAUUUUUGUAAUGAAUGUGGGAAAUGUUUCUGCCUCAGCAGUGAUCUCGAAGAACACCAGCAAAUUCAUACAGGAGAGAAACCCUAUAAAUGUGAAGAAUGUGGGAGGAGCUUCACCCAAAGCGGACACCUUAUAAUGCACCGACGAAUUCAUUCAGGAGAAAAACCCUAUGCAUGUAAAAAAUGUGGGAAAUGUUUCAGUCGUUCCUCAAAUUUUAGAAGACAUCAGCGCUCCCAUUCAGGGAAGAAGCCAUAUUCUUGUAAAGAAUGUGGGAAAUGUUUCUGCCAGAGCAGUGAUCUUCAAGUACACCAGCGAAUUCAUACGGGAGAGAAACCCUAUAAGUGUAAAGAAUGUGGGAAAGGAUUCUGCCAGAGUAGUGAUCUUCAAGUACACCAGAGAAUUCAUACCGGAGAGAAACCCUAUAAGUGUAAAGAAUGUGGAAAAUGUUUCAGUCGUUCCUCAACUUUUAAAGUACAUCAGCGCCGGCAUUCAGGGGAGAAACCGUAUUCUUGUAAGGAAUGUGGGAAAUGUUUCUGCCAGAGCAGUGAUCUUCAAGUACACCAGCGAAUUCAUACGGGAGAGAAACCCCCUCAGUGCAAUGAAUGUGGCGAAAAGUUCAGCCAGAAGGCAAACCUUGUACAUCCGCAAACUUAUAUGGGAGAGAAAACCUUAUCACAGUUGGGUCAACCUUAAGAAAACAUCAUAAAGGAGAGAAACCUGUUCAGUUCAAAGAAUGUAGGAUGAGUUUGACCAAAUACUCAAAUGCCACACUACAUCAACCAAUUGACUCAGGAGAAAAACUCUAUAAAUGCAGAGAGUGUGGUAAAAAUUUCAAGCAGCUCUCAGAUUUUAAACUUCAUCAACAAUCACGUUCAGGGGAGAAAUUGCAUCAUUGUAAAGAAGGGUGUGAUAUGUGUAACUCCCUGCCUUCUGUUCUGUGAUUUUUAAAAAAUAUUUCACAACUAAGGUUUUGCUGAGAUAGUUUUAACAUGAGUCUAACUUUAUCAUUUUACAAAAAUUGCCUUGAAAUUGAAAUAAAGAUUUAAACUGGAAAAAGG